AUGUCCGGUCUUCUUUCUGGGAUAAAAUUUCUCGGCAAGAAGAAGGAAGAGACCAAAGAGGUCCCUGCCAGCAGCGAAGAGACAUCGUCACGCCCCGUGCACAACCCUGCAAUGAGCUGGAUGAGUGGCCCGAUCGAUCUGCUGGGGACGCGCAAGGUGACUGAACAGAAGGAAUAG